UAAAAACAACCGUCGAGUGCAUUGACACAAACAAAUUCCAUUAACCCGUGCAUGGAAACGAAUUAAAAACUAUAAAUAAACUAUUAGAAAAAUUCAAGGCUAGGAAGCGGAGCCGGCCAAAGACAAUAUUUGGGACUUCGUCAUGCAUGGAAAUUCAAACAAACGGAAUCGACGAUAUAUAAAAAUGUGUUGCGGACUUUCCUCUCUACAGUUGUUUCCCCCUUAAAAUUCGCAUCGAACAGGGGACAGACAGGUCACGCAAUGAGUCUCUAUUCGUUCAUCUUCCUGGCGUCCUGCCUGGUGGUCGGCGCCCGCGCCAACUGCUGCAAGAACCUCGUCCCCGACCUCAGCUUCAAGCUCACCGGCACCGAGCUGGCCUUUCCCUGCCAGAGCACCGAGAACAUCUUCCGCAUGACCGGCCGCUACACGCCCCGCAACGUCAUCGCCACCAGGAUGCAGAUCUACAAGGACGACGCCUUCGUCGCCCUGCCCCGCUACAAGCACGGCGUGCCCUUCACCCUCGCCAAGUUCUCGCUGAAGACCAGAACCUGCAAGGCCACUUUGGUGCCCUACCCGUGCUGGCCCCUGCAGGAGGAAGGCGAUUGCGAGGCUUUCCAGAACGUUGUAGACCUCUUCAACGACGGUGCUGAGAUACUCUGGUUGUUGGACAUCGGUUUGGUCAACACUUUGGAGCAACCAGUGCGCAGAUGCGAACCGAAAAUCGUGGGAAUCAACUUGAAGACCAACCAAGUGGUGAAAGUUGUUAGCUUACAACCGUUCGUAACACCGGAAAGCAGAUUGCAAUACAUCAUAGUCGAUUACAACAAAGAGGGUAACCCCUUCGCUUACAUCUCCGAUGGUGGUUCCGGCGCUAUCAUCGUCAUCGACUUGAAAACCAACAGCGGUUUCAGAGUGGUACUACCCAAAGCUGUAUCAAUCACCUCAACCACGGAUGUUAAGGAUGUCCUGUACAUGGUACUGGCGAGGAAACCGUGCGGCAACGUCCUCUACUUCACCUACUUGUCCUCCCCGAGGUUGUUCUCGAUCAAAACGCACUUCCUGCAGAUGGCGCGCGCCAGCGGCGCCGUCAUCGACGUCGGUUCGAAGCCAUUAUCGGGGAAAAUCGUGCUGCUGGGGUCCGACAACGGGGCUGCCAUAUUUUUCCGGUACAAGGGGGAGUCGGAUAUCUUCAUCUGGAACAGCGAGACGGCCUUCAAGCCGGAGAACUUCCUGCUGGUGCAGAAGGGCGACGAUUGCAGGCUGGCCACGCAGGUGGUGCCUGGGUACAAGAAGCUGAUGUGGGCUAUAGAGAGCAACUUCCACGAUUAUAUUAUGGGGACGGCGGGUAGUUUGGGGCCGUCGAUGGCGGUGCAUCCGCUUAUCAAGACCUGCGAUUAGAUUGGGGGUUGUUGGUGUGGAUUGGAUUAAGA